AUGGAGAGAGACACGGCACCAGCGGCUGUAUACGACGGAACCCAGAGGGAAAGGGGUCCGGUUGCCAACACCCUGGGUGCUUCCGCAAGGCUCAGUGUUGUCGGCCCCAGCGGACCAGGGGCGGUCGGCAGGCCACAGGAAAGCGACCGGGCCCAUCUCGGUGCCCAUUGCGCCGACGCCAUGGGCCGUAGCACGCUUGCGGUCACCGAGAGCGGCAACGGUGCCGGCGGCGAGGAGAAGGGCGGCGACUUUGGACUGCAUUAUGGAGGAUUUAAUGAGGCUUGA